AUCAUCUUCAUAUCCAAAAAGUUUUCUAUUUUCACUCUCUUUUCCCUCCUUUCUUAAUUUAGUGAAUUUAAUUCCAAUUUCACAUAUUUAAAUAAUCAAACAAAAAUCAAUCACUGUAUUAUAAUCCCAAUUUAGCUGCUCCACUGUCACAGUUUUCCUCUCUCUCUCUCUCUCUCCACCUUCCAUCCCCAGCAAUGGCGGCAGAAGACCACUCUCUCUCUACUCCUCUUCUCUCAUCUGACCACGUCAUCCUCACCGUCCGCGACCAAAUCGACACGCCGCGAUCAACAUCCGCAUCCCAAUCUCUAUCCGCCGGAAAUCAUCAAACCCUAUUUCAAUCGAGCGAUGAGGACCGCCAUAAUCCGUUCGCGUUCAUCGGUGCGCACGAUGGGUUCGAUGUGCCCGGAUCCAGCACAAUCGACCCGUUUCGGAACCACACGCCAGCCGUUGAGGGUUUGUACGAGUGGUUGAAGAUUUUGAUCUGCCUGCCCGUCGCGGCUGUCCGCCUUGUGCUGUUUGGACUGUGUUUGUUGGUUGGUUACGUGGCGACCCGUUUGGCUUCGUACGGAUGGAAGGAUAGGCAGAAUCCAAUGCCCAAGUGGCGGUGUCGGCUCAUGUGGGUUACCCGUAUUUGUUCCCGCGCAAUCCUUUUCUCAUUUGGCUACCAUUGGAUAAAAAGAAAAGGAAAGCCUGCCCGAAGGGAGGUUGCUCCUAUUGUCGUUUCUAACCAUGUUUCGUAUAUUGAUCCUAUUUUCUUCUUCUAUGAAUUAUUUCCUACUAUAGUGUCAUCUGAAUCGCAUGAUUCCAUGCCUUUUGUUGGAACCAUCAUCAGAGCAAUGCAGGUUAUUUAUGUUGAUAGAUUCUCAAGGUCAUCCCGAAAGCAUGCUGUAAAUGAAAUAAAGAGAAAAGCCUCUUGCAAUCGGUUUCCUCGAGUGCUUUUAUUUCCUGAGGGAACAACAACCAAUGGAAGAUCUCUAAUUUCCUUUCAACUUGGUGCAUUCAUCCCUGGUUAUCCUGUUCAGCCAGUUAUUGUUCGUUAUCCACAUGUACACUUUGACCAGUCCUGGGGGAACAUUUCAAUUGCAAAGUUAAUGUUCAGAAUGUUUACGCAGUUCCACAAUUUCAUGGAGGUUGAGUAUCUUCCUCUUGUCUCACCUCAUGAAAGUCGAAAGGAAAAUGCAGUUCAUUUUGCUGAGAGGACUGGUCAUACAAUUGCAAGUGCGCUCAAUGUUGAACAGACAUUACAUUCUUAUGGAGACUUUAUGCUUUUUACAAAGGCAGCAGAAUUAAAGCAGGAGAACCCGUCGCUGUAUAUGGUAGAAAUGGCCUGGGUACAAUCGUCACUGCAUUUGAAGGCUUUGGAAGCUGUAGACUUUCUGGAGAUAUAUCUGCAAAUGAAUCCAGAUCCCAGGGGACAAGUGGAAUUCCACGACUUCCUCAGAGCUCUAAGACUGAAACCUUGCGGUCUCUCCGAAAAGAUGUUUGAAUUCAUUGAUGUGCAGAAGAUUGGUAAAAUAACAUUUAAACAGUUCUUACUCGGUUCGGCCCAUAUCUUGAAGCAGCCACUGUUUCGCCAAGCAUGUGAACUAGCAUUUAGCGAAUGUGACACGAAUGACAAGAAUUACAUUUUAAAGCAAGAGUUACAAGACGCGGUUUCGCUAUCGAUUCCAAACUUGAACUGUGAAGAGAUCAACGGGCUGUAUAGUUUAUUUGACGUGGAUAAUCAUGGGAAAAUCGGGAGGAACGAAUUUGUGGCUUGCUUGAAAAGGUACCCAUUGCUUAUUGCACUUUUUGCUCCCAAAUUGUUGCACAUGAGCUCGUCGAUAUCCGAUCAAUGUUUAUUAGAGGAGGUGUUGUAAGGAGUGGUGAUGUGUUUUGUGAAAAGAGUUUAUUUAUUAGAUUAAAAACAUAUGAUUAUUUGUGUAGGAAUAUGAAAUCUACACUUGUUUGUGUUUGAUGUGUGUUCCCUAAAAUAUGAAACACAAAUCACCAAGCAUUUGAUGACAUCAUCAUUUGUCUUGGUGAAUUUUGCUUGUGGAUAGAUUCUUUGUGUUUUAUGGAAAUUGAAUUGAAUUGUUA